AUGACAAAAAGACUAUAUGGUGAAGUGUAUGGUGAACCCUACCAAUCCCAGAUUAGUGAUGAUCAUUACUUUCAACUUAUGCCAUCAUAUAGUCAAAUUAUCUCUAUUGAGUUGAAAGAGUUAGAGACGGAUGAUCCUUGCAAAAAAUCCAUUCGAACUAAAAACUUUUCUCCGGAGGAGGACCUUGUGUUGGUUUCAGCUUGGCUUAACACAAGUAUUGAUCCAAUUAUUGGGACAGAUCAAACAAAUAUUCAAUAUUGGAGAAAAGUAGGGUCAUAUUAUAAGGCAGCCAUAGAAAAUACAAAGUAUGGGCCACGGACAGACAAAUCUCUUACAAAUCGAUGGAGUACAAUCCAACAAGCUGUAAACAAGUUUUACGGCUAUUACACACAACGAGAAGGAAGUCUCCGUAAAUCUGGUGAUACCGGCAUAGACGUGCUUCAAGAUGCUAAAAAGAUCUACCAUGAGAUCCAAAAAACUUCAUUUCGAUUAGAAAACUACUGGAAUAAGUUGAGAUUUAAUGCUAAGUGGAUCGAAUACAUGCGACAAGGACCAACAAAAGAAAAGUAUCUUCAGAGACCAAUGGGACAAAAGAAAGCAAAGAAAGAAGCUAAAAGAGGUAAAGGUAAAUCUGCUGAUAUAUCUGAAUUUGAUAAUGCUAUUAUCAAAUGGACAGAGGAAAAAAUAAAGAAUGAAGAAAUCAAAGUGGAAAUUGCCAAACAACACUUAAAGAUACAAAAGGCUAAAAUGGACGCUGAUCAAGAAAAAUCAAAUAUUGCUACUAUGAUGAUUGAUCCUUUUGAUGAAAUCUAA